UUCAACAGAUUUCCAAAUUUCCAAACUAUUUCUAUUAUACCACUUGUCACACCUUCUUUUUUGUUAAAUGCCGCUCUCCUACUGAUACAAUAUCCAUGUACUCUAGUCUGUUCGUAUAAUAGUGUUUUUAUCAUCAUUAUUAAUCACCCUCUUAUUCUGUAGUUCUUCAGUGCAACUUUCCAUUGCGAAGCGCAUGUCUUUUUGUUCACAAUGCCUGUCGUUUCUAUCAACGGAGUCGAUGUCACAUUUCCUUUCGAACCGUAUCAAGUUCAGUUGGACUAUAUGAAGAAAGUCAUAGAAUGUCUGCAGCUGAGAACAAAUGCUGUGUUAGAGUCACCCACUGGUACUGGUAAGACAUUGAGUUUGCUGUGUUCGUCCCUAGCAUGGCUCAAUCAUUAUAAUACUACCCAGGCAGCCAACGAUUUUACAUCCAAUCCUAGAAAUGUUACAGAAGCAAUGGCAGUACCUGUCAUGAACCCUACAUCUGCAUGGAAUUCAAAAAUAAAAAUCAUCUAUGCAUCUCGUACGCACUCGCAGUUGAGUCAAGCAAUGGCAGAAUUAAAGAGGACUCACUAUGCUGAUGUUAGGGUGACAGUUUUAGGUUCCAGAGAUCAGCUGUGUAUUCACCCACAAGUGCAAAAAGAAGAAAAAACAGUUACUAAGAACCUGCUGUGCCGUAUAUUAGUAUCCGGAAGGGAGUGUGCAUUUCACAAUAACGUUGAAAUGACCAAAGUUGAUCCCUCACUGCAAACAGUUGUUGACAUAGAGGAUCUUGUUAAGUCUGGAAAGCGGUUGCGUUCAUGUCCAUAUUAUCUCACGAAAGAAUUGCAGAAGGAUUCAGAUAUUGUUUUUGCCCCUUAUAACUAUUUGCUUGACCCAAAAAUAAGAAAAACUCAAGAUAUCUCUCUCGAUAAUGCCAUUAUUAUUUUAGAUGAAGGGCACAAUAUUGAAAAAGUUAGUGAGGAAGUGAUGUCGACAAAACUCUCUUCCACCCAAAUUGCUUACUGCAUUGAAGAAGUCACAGAAGUUAUGAAGGUGAAACAAGAACAUGGGGAGAAGGAAAUGGAUGGGUUGGGGAACCAAGAAGAAAAUAGUGAUGAUUUGAGUGUGAGCGAAUUAUGUCUUCUCAAAACAGUUUUGCUCGAGUUAGAAAAAGUGAUAGAUGAAUUUCCACUACAGUCUAUGUCAGGAAAAUCUGGGCCGCCAACAAAGGCUUUGUCGGGAUCGGAAAUUUUUCCACUUCUGGCCAAAGCUGAGAUUACGGAAGAAAGUUGCCCUCCUUUGAUUGAAAUUUUGUACAAAGUAUCUCAAUUUGCCACUGCAAAAGGUGACUCUCCAUUUGCACGUAAAGGUCAGCACUUAUCCGCGUUUCAAGACUUUGUUGUUAGGGUAUUCCAGAGCAAAUCUUCCGCUGCAUCGUGUUUCAAGUUAUUCAUAGAACCGGAUGUUCCAAAAAAAGCAAAGGCAGAAAAUGCUUGGGCUCCCAAGACAAGUGCAACAGUCUCAAGUACAGCAAAAGUUUUGAAUUACUGGUGUUUCAAUCCUGGUUUUGGGUUACGAGCGUUAAUGGAUAUGGGCGUUCGCUCUGUGAUAUUAACCAGUGGAACCCUAAGCCCCCUUGAUGCAACAAUAUCAGAACUUGGUAUACCCGUUGGAGUGCAACUUGAAAACCCUCACAUAAUUCAACCAAAUCAAGUGUACAUAUCAGUAUUAGGGAAAGGUCCAGCCAGUGUUGAACUGAAGUCAACAUACGACAACAGGGAGAAUAAGCAGUAUGUCUCGGAACUAGGUCAAACGAUACUGAACUGUGUCAGGAUUAUUCCGCAUGGUGUGCUUGUUUUCUUCCCGUCCUAUUCUGUCAUGAACAAAGCAGUCCAAGCCUGGCAAGACUGUGGAAUUUGGAGUAAUUUAAGUAAGCACAAAGCCCUAUUCAUUGAGCAGACCAACAAAUUGGCUUUGAAUUCUGUGAUAGAAGAAUUUUACAAGGCUGUGGAUGAAAGAGGAGCGGUGUUAUUUGCCGUAUGUCGUGGGAAAAUAUCAGAAGGAUUAGACUUCUCAGAUAACAGAGCAAGAGCUGUCAUCAUCACUGGUAUACCUUAUCCUCCGAUCUUUGAUCCACGAGUAACCCUCAAGAAAGAGUAUUUGGAUGAAAAUCGUCGCACUAACAAGUUGUCACUGGAUGGUCAAAGAUGGUAUCAGUUAGAAGCUAUCCGUGCAGUGAACCAAGCUCUGGGCCGUGUGCUGCGGCACUCUCAAGAUUAUGGUGCAUUGAUUCUCUGUGAUUCUCGAUUCCAUGGCUCUGCCACGAAUAGUUUAUCUGCUUGGCUCCAGCCACUGAUAUUUAAAGCCCCAUCUUUUGGAGCUUUCAUGCAAAAAUUAGUUAGUUUCUUCCGCUCCUCACGUGUUGUCUCUGAGUGUAAUGUGAAGCCAAGACCAUCAAUUGAAUAUAGUAGUGCAUCCAGAGCACUUGCAAAGAAAUCUGUGAGUAGCAGCACUGCGGAUAAGAGCGAUGAGUUCUUGAGUGGAUAUGCUGGUACUUCGAGUACUCCUUCAGCCACCAAGAAACGAGAGGCUGAUAAACCUAUGUCAUUGUUCGAACGUCUCGAACUAUCUAGUCAAAAGACAUUCCAAGCACCGGAGCGUGAAGAGUUACCAGCAAUUAGUUGUUCAUCUAGUGAGCCUGAUGUAAAGAGACCAAAACUAACUGUGAAAAAUUUAAAAUUACACGAUAUUGAGUUUGCUCGGAAAAUGAAGAAGAAAACUCAAGAAGAAAGAAAUGAUAGUAUUAAAAAUUAUUUGAUUCAAGUAAAAUCAUCAAUUCCAGCCAAUGAAUACGGUAUCUUUAGUGUGACCAUUUGCAAGUAUGCUCAUGCGCAAGCAACAUUUUCUGAGCUGAUCGAAGUACUUAAGAAAGUUUUUCCAUAUGAAAAUAAAGAAUUACGCCCAUUAUUUAAAAAAUUCAAACCUUUCUUGAAGACGGAACAUUUGAAACUUUUUGAAGAGGAGGUAUCAUCUUACCAAAAUUCAUCUCAAGUUCCUUCCAUUUCUAUCAAUGAACCAUCUUAACAUUUGUUUAUUUUCUUUUUCUUGAUGCAUCUGUAGACUUUAAUGUCAGCUCUAGGUUCAAAGACUUCAGAAAGAACUUGAGAAAAAAGAAUUUUAAAGAAUCAAUAUAGCAAGUAGGUUCAUUUUAAAGGUGAACGCUAUUAUCUUAUUAGACAAUUUAUCAUUUCAAAUGAAUGUGUUGGGCUCAACCCUUCAUCAUUUAAAGUUUUUAAAAAUAUAUGUUUUUUAACUGGAUGUUCAAGUGAGAAGGAAUGGAAUCCUCCUUUUCAUUUAUUUUCAAUAUUAGUGCAUUGCGACUACAUGCUUCUAGCAUAUUAUGCUUAUUUUUACAUUAAUAGCUACAAUUAUGAGAUCACCCAUAUCUUUUGGGAAAUUAAUAGCAUAUGAAUUGCUUCUGUGAUAGGCGGGAAACAUGGAAACAUUCAUUCAUAUUUUAAAAUUCCAUCCAAAUUGUGAUGAAAUAUCUCAGAAAUUCUGUCCUAAAAAUCUACUCAGGCAGUUUUUAAAAAUCAACUGCACUUACAACUGUACCAACUUUCCUAUGAAUGAAGAGCCCCUGAGUUCAAUUUUCUAAAGGUGUGAUACGUUUAGCGAACUUGUAACUAUGAGUAAAUUCUGGUCUUCCAGACUUUCACAUAUAUUUUUUUAGUUUCAAAAUGACACAUUUUUUUUUUCAGUUGAAAAGUUAAAAGUUGAAAUCGAGUGAAACUACUUACAAAAUUGGAUAUAUUUUUUUUUAAUAUGGUUUUUAGGCAUUUUAUCUGAGAGAUACUGCGGCCCUGGAUGGGAGCUGAGAAUAAUUGGAGGGUGAGAAAGUUAGAUUAAAACGUAAAUUUCCCUAUACUGCAGUUUUGCUAGUUUCCAACCAAUUUUAAAUCCUCUUCGAUAAGAGGUAGCUGAAAUCCUCUCAAACAUGUUGGCAUGACUGCGAUUUUCGCCAGACCUAAAUUAGCUGAUUGAUGCAUUACAGGUGUUAAGGAUAGUGACUGACUUAAAUGGAGCUUACUAUUAGCCUCGUUUCUUACUCUUUUGAGUUUUCCAUUUGUCAAUCAUGCAUGUUCAUCCUUCUCAUCUAAAAUUUAACCCAUUUUAAGUUGCGAAUGUACAGGAAGAUUUUUAUUGCCAACAAGACUGUGUAAAGUCAUUGCAUGAUCUGAUCGUCUAUGAAAAGACUGGAAUUUCAAAAUAUAUUGCUGCUGUAAACUAAUACAAUAUGAAAUCAUUAAGAAAAAAAAUUGAGAAAGUAGUGAGCACAACAGCUUUCUUUUCACCUAUUGAGAUUCAAAAUUGGUUAAAAAUCAUCAGGACUACAGCAUGGGGAAACUUACUCUUUGAUCCACAUAAAUAUCAGUUCCGAUCGAUAGAGGAAGUUAGUACCCUCUCUAAUCGAUUUUUUCAAAGACCAAAAACUAAGGCUAAAGGCUGAAAUGGCUGUUGAGAAGAUUCAGAAAA